AUGGAUUCAUUUGGCGCCAGCUUCUUCCCAGACUCAGCACCAGCUGGCCCCCUGGGCACCAAUAUCCGCGCUAUCGCGUUGCACUGUCGAGCUCUGUUGCGGGAAUGCUCGAAGCUACCCAGCUUGAAAGAGGACGAGUGGGCCGAGAACAGGCUUGCUGAAUUCAACCUCUGGGCUGCCAACUCGGGAGUCUUUGGCGGCGACCGGAAUGGGGAUUUCCCUGCUGUGAAUGACGAGCGUAAGCCUCAAGAUAGUUCCGAAGAGGAGGAUGAGGCGGAUAAACAAGAUGCCGAGCUCGAAGUCGGUGAAAGCGGCGAUAAGCCUGAGAGCCCAGAGCAUGGACGUUUGGCAUCUCCGGAAGACAUCCCGAGGGCCUUCUCGCCAUGGUCUGACGACUCAGACUCAAGCACCGAUUCGGAUCAAGAUUCACGGGAUGCGUGCUCGCCGGUAAUAACGAGCUCAUCCUUGGAUGGCCCAAAGGUUGAUGUCGCUCAAGUCAUAGAUCACCUUGCUCGCCUGACUUUGGCUAUUCGAAAAGCUGGUAGCAGUUCGAGAACGCACAAAGCGGACAGGCGAUUCAAUGCCGACCAUCAGCCAGCAUUCCGCCGGCAUCUCAAUGUUGUGGUGCUUGCUAGAGGGAUGGAAGCGGGUCGGUCAGACCACGCCAUUAACCCGAACAAUCUGACUGCCACCCAAGACCGUCUCAUCAUUGCGAAUCUGCGGCGAAGGAACCGGUUUCUCUAUGCUCAGCGUCACGCAAGGAAACUGGCUGCAGAAGCAGAGCCCCAGAACGCUCCGCAGGAAUAUCAGCUCCAAGAUGAUGUGCCGAUUAUGAUGGAGGACCACGGCGAGCCGGAACCCGAAGAGGAUAUCAUAGCAGAGCUAGAAGAGCAAGCAUCCGACCCAGUUGAAACACCUGCUCAAGUGGUAGUAGAAACGGGACUUGAGCCAGUCGUCGAAACACAACCACCAAUCUUGUCGGCCACCUCAGCCUCUGGCAUGACUCAAGCCAUAGAUCCUGGGUUGGUUCACAAUGUGACGCCCUCACAAGUUGCAAAGACGGAGAUUACGACAACAUCCGCUAAAAUUGCUUACCCAAAGCCACCUGCUAUGCCGCUGGGUAUGCGUCAUUUCAAAUGCCCUUGCUGCUGCCAGACCUUGCCUGAGAUGUAUAGGCAACCAUCCCUGUGGAAAAAACAUCUCAUGACUGAUAUCGCCCCAUAUACUUGCAUCAUCGAUGACUGCCCUACACCAGAUCGACUCUUUGUCACUCGAGCAGAGUGGGACCAACAUACGAGAAACGAUCACCAAAAAUGCUGGCAGUGUUUGCCUUGCACCACUGUGGGCAAGGCGCCGUUGGUGUUUCCAUCCGUCGAGGCCUUCAUGGAGCAUCUUGGCGUGGCUCACUCCGACACAAUAAAUGAGGAGCAGUAUUCCACACUCAUCCCCGAAUCGGCGAUACCGGUCCCUGCCGGGAUCAGCUGUUGCCCACUGUGCAACUCCAACGGCCCGGCAGACUCACCUGCGUUGUUGAACCAUAUAGCAGAGCACUUGCAUUCCUUUGCUUUACGCUCUCUGCCCUGGCCUGGACGCGAAUCUCUGCACACCAAUUUGGACGAGCAGGAUGAUGAUGAUGAUGAUCCCGACGAUCUGGACGACGGGGACCAUGAUGCGUACAACUAUUUUCUGCACAAUGACUAUUUCGAUCAGGGCUCCGAGGUCGCGUCCCGCCAGUACAAUCUUACCAGUGGCUCAAAUCGGGACUCGGACGGAUUGCCAUCGCUGCACUCGAGCCAGGCUUCUGAACGACCUGCGACGCCAUCGGACAAAGGGUCGGAAGUUGCGGAUGACGCUAGUCAGACUGCUGAUUACGAUCCGAUGGUUGAGCCUGGAGAGCCACGGCCAGUCAUUGAAGCUUCGUACGAUGAGUCCAGAGGCACGCCGAUAGAGCUCGUGCCGUCGGCAGAUUCUCUACCUGAAGUGGUACAAGGCCCGAUACGAAUGCCCGACUUGGUACGUGGACCGAGAGAAAUAUACGAACAAGGAGUUUUGAUCAAUUUGGCUUCGCUUUUAGCACCCAUGGCAUUUGGUAACUGGCGCCGAGAACUUGGCUAUGCUCAAGAUAUUCUACCUGAAGUGGUAGAGGGCGAGUGGCCACAGAAAUGUGCCCAAAGAUUUCCCCGCGACACGGAUGACCCCGAGGUAACUCGUCCGAGAGAGCUGAUGUUGAUUUGUAUGCAAAUAAAAUACAAGCGGAAGGCCGAGAAAAAAGGGCCAGACAGUCAGCCUAGCAAUCCGUCGCUCCCUUACAGGGCCUAUUACUCUCCUCGAGGCUUUCUCGCGAGAGUUGCCGAGCUCGAGGAUCAAGGCAACCUGAAAGAUGCCAUCUUGUGGCAAACAGAUGCAGUGAACCAUUUUAGAAAUGAGCUGGGAGACGCCCAUUAUUAUUUCAUCGAGAACGUUGAUAAACUGGCGGAAAUGCGUUGGGAUGCGUGGAAUAAGGAAAAUGCAGAUGCUUUUCUUAGUAAAGAAGUUGAAAUUUUCAUCGACAAUGUUGGUACUGGUGAUGUCCAAGAUCCUGUGUGGAUAAUUGAUGGGGCAUACAAUCUAGCAACGGUGUGUGCGAAAUACAGACUCUCAUCCUUGGGCAAGAAGCUAUUCAACAGGCUCAUCGACGCUUUCGAACAAGAAUCCAAACUGCUCGAGGAUGGGAUUCAACACACCAAAGCAGCUCGAGAAAAGUACUCAGACUUUUUGAAAGACCAGAACCUUUGGGAAGAAGUCGUGGUCAUGGAGCGAAAUUCGCUCGCGUGCCUCAAUGCAGACCCUCAUCUUGAGCUUGACAUUACCGAGGCACUCAGUCGUCUCGCCCAUGCUUUGCAUACAUGGAUCUUUCUGGCGAUGCUAUCAGUGCUGCUCAGGAGUUGGUUAUCUGUAGCCAAAAAAAUAUGGGGUGAGCGUGAUUUGGCUUCAAUCGGCACCGUCAAGGAAUUAACAGACUACUAUUCAAUUUUAUUCGAGUGGGAGAAGGCAGCGCAAGCCAGAGAUCUCUAUAACUGGCUCAAAGUCAAGGAUCCUGAUGUGGAUCUGGUGAAAGAAACGACGCCUCAUCUUGACUUGGGGCCCGAAGAUUUAGACGAGCGAGCGCCACGUUUGUACGCACGGCCAAAUAUGGCGGCAGCAGGAUUGCCCAUUUCAGAGCUGGUAGACACAACUCUUGACCAUGACAAUUCUGCUCCUCCCGGCCCAGCAAAAGGGACGUCAGGCAACACUGUCAAUGCUGGUAUACAUGCCAAGUUCCUAUCCUUUGCCGGCACUUCCAUCAAUUUUGCCAAUAACGCCCAUGUCGUCGAGUCCUUUGACAUUGACACGCUUGAGACGAGGCGGUUGAAGAGGGAGCCCCAAGACGACGAUGAGGACCUCCUAGCUCGCUUGCAGGAGCCGAAAGUGCAGGCCGCCAUUCGAGGAGGUCUAUACGGAGCACGUCCAAUCUACAUCAUCAGUGGGCUGAAAAUCGCGCGUGGUCUAUCCGUUCAGCGCGAGGAAUCCAAAUCUACGCACAGAUCUAUGGGCGGCACAGUUCCCAUCAUCGAGGGCAUCUCUGUCGGCGCUGGGAUGGGCGGAGAGAAGCGAUUUGGCACGAGCAGCACAUUCAAAGUGGCACCAGAGGAAGACAUCAUACUUGCGUAUCAGGUUCACAAGAUCAAGCCAAAGAGCCGCAAAGUGACCAAGGCCUCGGUGAAUGUGUACGAAACUAGCUCUGCUUUCUUACAUGGCGACGAUGAGAAUAGUGGUUUCAAGGGCGUCGAGGUCGUGUCUGUGAGCGCGGAUUCUCUUCUGAGUGAAGACGAAGACGAUGAUGAUGGUGAGAAAGACGAGGCAGAAGGACAGUAUCUGGAGCUUAAGGGUGGCAAUGAUGGGGAGUAUUAUGUUUACAUGGGUCAAUCUUGA